UGUUUCCCAUGACAACACCCGCACAUCUCUCGUCUUCCCACCUCCUCCCAUAUCGCGACGGAUACAUGACCUUUUUUGGUUCAAAAGAACAUCGAUACGACAGCUGCUUUGUACCGCAAUCAUAUGGACAGGUGACGACGAUUCCCGCACUCGCUACGACCAGCACAACGAUCUAGGACAACGGAGCACGGCUGGCUCGCGCUCAACAAUGGCUGCGAUUUCACCCACACCGCUUCAUGCAUACGGCAAUGGCAGGCCUGGAAGACACCCUUCGGCGCGCUCAAUAGUACGAAGAGAUUCACCUUUAUCGGCCUUGUCGCACUCUCAAGGUUUCUCCUCCGGUGCUGCGCCAUUGCGGAGCAUGGGCGUCGGCGAAGUAUCAGACGACGAUACUCGAGACAUCCAACCACCACCGGUGUUGAGUGCACUAGGCCGCUCUGUUCUGGGCGAGUCACAACCAAGUGAUGCAUCACCCAAGCGGCAGGUUCGACCGCAAAGACUACGCAUAUCAAGGAACAAUUCGGCAUCAAACACUCCGGCAAAACAGGAAAGCACAACACCUGCUCCGUCGCUUCGAGUGCGGCGAGUUGGGUUAGCAGGCCCUCCAGUGAGGAGGGCGGCAAGGAGGACUCCGCAGGGAGAAGACGAGCUCCCAAAUUCUCAUUAUGAUGCUCCACCAACGCAUGACCAAGAAAAUCUCCCAGCAUCAAUACCCAGGCCCGUCGCGAAGGACUAUGCGAAGCCCGAUCCUGGUUCUGUCGCUAAGCUCCAAGACUCUCUCAAGAGAGUAUCUAUACAACGUGAUGGAGAGCAUGAGCCGGCACCGCUAGCGCCCAAGUCAGUCAAUACGCCUCUACGGCCAGCGCCGCCGCCACCCCCACCAAAAAUGUCGGUACUUGAUGCAGCGACCAAGAACGCCGGUGCAUCGACGACAAAAGAGAAGAAGAGACGGGCAGUCUUCAAAGUGAACGGCAAGGUUUACACGCAACUUGUUCGGCUGGGCAAGGGUGGCAGCUCAGAUGUUUACCAAGUCAUGGCUGAGAACAGCAAGAUGUUCGCGCUCAAAAUGGUUAAGCUCGAGGGGGCAGAUGAGUCUGCGGUUAUGGGCUACAAGGGUGAGAUAAAUCUUUUGCGAAAGCUGAAGAACGAGGAGCGGGUAGUACAGCUCUUUGAUUAUAUGAUUGAUGAGGAAAAGCAAAGGCUCUACGUUCUUAUGGAGUCUGGCGAGACCGAUCUUGCCAAAGUCCUUCGUGUCAAAUUGGAAGGCGAUCCCAACAGCUCCACCCAUGGCAGACUUGACAUACCUUUUACUCGAUACUACUGGCAAGAAAUGCUCAAAUGUGUGCAAGCGGUCCACCGACAUAAUAUUGUACACUCGGAUCUUAAACCAGCCAACUUCGUCCUCGCUGGUGGAAUGCUUAAGCUUAUCGACUUUGGCAUCGCGAACGCUAUUGAUAUCGAUAACACGGUCAAUGUUCAUCGUGACUCGCACAUUGGAACACCGAAUUAUAUGUCUCCAGAAUCUUUGCAAGACAGCAGCGCCACAGAGGCUGCCAAAUCAAAUAGUUCAGGAAGUAAUGUCCAAGUCAGUAUGGGGAAGCUGAUGAAAUUGGGGAAGCCAAGCGAUGUCUGGAGUCUCGGCUGCAUUCUAUACCAGAUGGUGUAUGGCAAGCCACCGUUUGCUCACAUUCCGAACCCGAUCCACAGAGUUAUGGCCAUCAUCAACCCAAAGGUUGAAAUUCAGUAUCCUUCCACUGGGGUUGGCGGAGUCAAGGUACCGCCAGAACUCAAGGAGACUCUUAAGGCGUGUCUGAACCGCAACCCGGCUGCGAGACCUAAAAUAGAAGAUUUGCUCUCGGACUCGAAUGGCUGGAUGCACCCAGAGUCCAACAAAGACUUGCGGAUAUCUGAAGAGAUGCUGCAGUAUAUCAUCGAUAUUGUUGCAAAAAGGUUUAGGGCGAAGGACCAGCCGCCUCCCUCUGACCACGAGAUCAAGACUUAUGCCCCAAGCUUCUAUGCGAAGAUAAGAGAGCUUACCGAAGGUGAUUGAGUCAUGAUCGAUCCUGAGUCACUACGCGUGCUGUUUGGAUAAUGUGUUCUUGAUCAUGGCAAGCUUGCAUUCUUGGAAACGCCUUGGUGCCGUUGAUUUGCACUAGACCGAAAGACGAAGGUGCUAUGUUACUACAGUCGCGUCUUGAAGUUCCAUUCUAUUACAUUAGCUUUGGCGUCCGUUGGCUGAUUCUUCAUUCUUUGAUGCAGGGCAUGUGCGCAUUGGGCGCUCCUCGUGCCAACUUCUGUACAUAUAUCAUGUAAAGUGUCAAUUCGAAUGCACGUGCUUCAUGAAAGCAGCAUCCACAGAUUAAAUAGCGCUGGUGCUAUGGUCUUCCGUUGCCCUGAGUCUUUUGAGGAUUUCGGAGGCGCACGCACAGCCUCACCUUUCGUCUGCAAAGCACCAAAUCCAUAUUAGCGCAUUGAUUUCCAUUGACGCCUAGUCACCGCAUGUGUCAACAAACGCUGAAAUAAAUAAUGAGUUGAU